GCUCGCUUCAUUUCGGCAAUCUAGGUCUAAUAGCAGCAGCAGCUGAGCUGACCAUUCGUCGGGAGUCGACGCAAAUUUGCUUCGCCUUCACCGUGCUGAAACCUACUUCAGCUGGCAAACAACACAGCAUGUCCCCCAAGAAGUUGCCGGCGUACCAGGUCAUAGAUGGUCUCAGGGUGUCCACCGUCUUCACCGAGGAAAUGAUUCGCGAUGCUCUUAACUUUAAGACAGGCCCCGGCGACGUGGUGCUAGCGACGUUUCCCAAGUGCGGCACUCAUUGGUUGCAACAGGUCGUACAGCUCAUCAUGAACAAAGGUCAAUCAGCUAAUGACUGGUCUGAAUUCUGGAACGGAGCACCAGUGCUCGAAAUGGGCUGGGCCAAGACUCUGGAGAAGAUACCUGCACCCCGAGUGAUGCAGACGCACAUUCCCCUACAUCGCCUCCAUUACAACCCAGCCACAAAGUACGUGUACCUGGUACGAAACCCCAAGGACUGCUGCGUCUCUUUCUUCCACCACACCCGCAUGCUCCCGGAGUACCAGUUCCAAGACGGAAGCUUCGAUGACUUCUUCAAACUUUUCCUCAAGGGCGAGACAGACCACGGAGACUACUUCGAUCACGUGAUGUCCUGGUACGCGCACAAGGACGAUCCGAACGUCUUUUUCUGCACCUACGAAGACCUCAAGAAACACACCCGCGACGUGGUUCUCAAGCUGGCUCACUUCCUCGGUCAGGAGUACGGCAAGUUGCUUGAAGAGAACGAGGACGUCCUCAACCAAGUGCUGGAGAAGAGCAGCGUCCAGUUUAUGAAGGAUGCUUUUGAUUCGUGGAACCAAAAGUUAGAGCGAGCAUUCGCGAAAGACUCUAGCGUUAUUCCAGAAGGAAUGAAGAAGUUUUUGCUCGACGACUCUGGUAAAUUCGCGGCCAGCAACCUGGUACGCAAGGGCGAGGUUGGUAACUGGAAGACGCUAUUCUCUGCCGAUCACUCCAGGAGACUCCAAGAAAGGAUAAAUGAAAAAACGAAGGGUUCCGACGUUAUGAGCCUGUGGGCCGUAUGCGGCCAACCCCGUGCCUCCGAGAAUGAACGGCAAAAGGCAAGGUAAUCUGACCUCUUGCCUUUUGCUCCCCCACAGUCUUACUGCUUCUCACGAGAGCGCUUACAAGGAGCGGAUUUUCAGUGACUCCCGAUGUGAUUAUGCAAACGCGUCUUUCAACUGUAUAAAUAAAAUGUUUAUAUCAACCUA